AUGGUGAUUGCUGGGCCGACCGAUUAUUCGCCAACGCGCGUUGGCGCUGUGUCGGUUGCGUACGGAAUGCCACCGCCUGCCUCCGGAACGGGGACCAUGGCGACGGGCCCCCCAACACUUCCUGCUCCGAAGCCCGUGACAGAAUGCGCUGGAAACCUUCCUCGCCCCGCACCGUCGUUGCCCGAAGCGCUGGCGUCUCAGCCUGGCGACGGUGGUCGCCAGGCUCCUGUGCUAUCGGCGCCUCUUCCCGUCGCGCCGCCUGUCCCUCUCGGUGUGCCAACUGCUGCGUCUGCUCCGCUUGGCGCUCCUCAAGCUGCCGACCCCGCCGCUCCGUCUGCGGCCGCCGAGCGGGCGAUUGUUGAUGGCGGCGUGCCGGCCCAGUCGGUGGGGUCCGCCACCACUGACGUCCUGGGCCAGCCGGCGCCACCCGCCGCUCCGGCUCCCCCGUCUGCACCGUUUCCGGCGCUUGUGCCUCCCCUGCCUGUGCUGGCGGGGUCUGCUCCUGCUCCGCCCGUGGCUGCGCCUCCCGCGCCUCCUGAGGCUGUACCUCUUGCACCGCCCGUGGCUGCUCCUCUCGCGCCGCCUGAAGCUGCUCCCCUUGCGCCGCCAGUGGCUGCUCCGCCUGCGGCGGGUCUGUCCGCGCCGCCCGUGGCCCUGCCGUGGGUACCCCCUGUUGCGGGGGUUGAGUUUUUGACCGCGGCAGGGGGGCCCGUGACUGUGCAAUAUCCGUCCCUGCUGCCUGUGGAACCCCCUCCCCCGUCCGUAGGUGCGGCGCACCCGUUCCAGGCGCUGCUGGGGCCUCAGCGCACGGUUGCGGUUCCGGAGAUGACCCUUGGUCAGAUCUGGCGCCUCUCGGAGGCUCUGCGGGUCGUACAUCUUGUGCAGGUGUAUGGUCACGCCGCCCUUUCCCAGGGCGACUCACUGGUGGGCGGCCCUCUGGACGAUUGUCUCGCGGCGGCUGAUCGUCUCGCCGAGCUGUUGGCGCCCGUGUUGGCUGCGCCCGCGCGGGGUGGGCUUGCGGGGGUUGGGCCGCUGGGUUCGGCCGUGCGUGGGCUGCGCCGCCUGUUGCAUGCAGGGACUGGAUCCGGGGCGAUCGCCGCAGGCACGGUGCUUGUGCGAGAGCUGCAUCGCACGAUGUCAGGGCUGCUUGCUGUGUAUGACGCGGAUCAGAUGUAG